AUGAAACGUUCAGAAUGGCAUGGACAACGAUCACACUUCCGUUUCUUGAUCGCAUUCGUCGAGGACAAGGAGCGGGUUCGCUUCGUCCCUUGCGCCAUGGCUACUCCGAAUAGUAUCAAAGCCGCGAGAGAGGCGGUUGCGAAUAUUGCCAAAGAACAUGGCUAUGUGGCCCAAGACAAGUUGCAGAAAAUUCCACUUGAACUGCGCCGCGAAAUUGAGCAGGCUUUCUUCUGGAAAGAUCAGAUGAUUGGAUCCAGUGUCAUCAUACUCGCAAAGAAUCUGUACUCCAGCAAGGCUCGUUUCGUCUUCGAGCUCCUCUAGAAUGCCGACGAUAAUAAUUACGCCGAGGCCUCAACUGCGGGCUCCAAACCAUUCGUGUCCUUCCGAAUCUUCCCCCGCAAGGUCGUGGUCGAAUGCAACGAGGAUGGGUUCAGCC